AUGCAGAAGUUUAUCGCUCUUGGGCUGCUAACGGCGGCCGGGGUGUCUGCUCAGAAUGCUACCAACACUACCACGGGAUCGCUGCCCACUGUCACUCUCGACUACUCCACCAUCCAAGCUGUCGGCGGAAAUACCACAGUUGGGUACUACAAAUAUCAGAACAUUCGCUUCGCUGCCGUGCCGACUGGCGACUUGAGAUGGGCGGCUCCCGAGUGGCCCCCUGUUGAGACGGAGAUCAACACGGGUGACCUGGCCGCUGCCGAUGUUGACUGUUCCGUCGACGAGGACUGCCUCUACAUGGACAUCUGGGCCCCCGCCAACAGUGAGGGCAAGAAACUGCCCGUUCUUGUCUGGACCUACGGAGGUGGCUUCACGGGCGGCAGCAAGGCGGAAAAUACACCCGAAGGACUCUUCGAUCUGACCAACGAAUUCGUCUUUGUCUCGUACAACUACCGUCUCGGUAUGACCGGCCUUGCCAACGGCCCAUCUCUUCUCCACCAGGGGGGCACUUCCAACACGGCUGUGUGGGAUGUGACCCGCGCAUUUGAAUGGGUACAGAAAUACAUUAGCAACUUUGGUGGCGACGCCGACGACGUGACCGCCAUGGGAUUUUCUGCUGGUGGCUCUCAGGUCCUCUUCCAGAUGACGCGCUUCGCCGGCCACGCUGAGAGCCUGUUCCACAAGGCCUAUGUUAUGUCCCCUGGCUUCGUUCCCGGCGGUGGCCACCAGCACGCCGAGGCUUUCUGGCAGAACGUUUCUUCCACUGUUGGUUGCACCGGUGGUGACUUGGACUGCAUGCGAGCCGUCGACUUCGACACACUCACCACUGCUGCUUCGGAUGUCCAGACCGAAUACACCUACCAGUUCCAGCCCCGUGUCGAUGGCGACAUUAUCGCAGACACUUACGAAGCUCAGCUCUACCAGAAGCGCUUUAACUUCAGCGGCCCUGCCGUUAUCUCUCACGAGCAGCACGAGGCCAACAACCAGGCUUAUACAGGCGUAGACACUCAGGAGGAUGUUGCCACCUACCUACGCAUCUUCUUCCCUGCCAUCAACGACGGCAUUGUGGAUGAGAUAUUGGCUCUGUACCCCGAGUCCGACUACGAGAGCGCCGGUCUGCGCUUCGCCCAGAUGAAGCAAGAUUUCGAUCUCACGGCCAAGAACUUGGCCUUCACCAAUGCCAUGAACAACGACACCUGGAACUCCAUGGUUGCUUUGGGCUCGGCCACCCACGGAACUGAUCAGUCGUACUACUGGUACUCCACUUACACUCUCGACACCUCGUCCAGUGACACCACCACCACUACCACCAGCUCCGCCGCUGCCGCCGCUACCAGUGCCGCAUCCAGCAACUCGACCACCGGCGUACCCGGAGAUGCGGGCGGCAUGGGAACCACCAGCGUCAACGCCACCAUCGCGGUCAUGAUGCAGAAGUAUCUCAUGUCCUUUGUUCUGACCGGCGACCCGAACACCAUGUGGCCUGAGGACAAGAUCAACUGGCCCAAGUACGGUAACGACUCGACCGCUGGUACCCAGCUCGUGUUCAACACCACCUUUUACCUGGACGAGGAUGACUUGGCCAACGAGCGCUCUCUCUUCUGGAACAAGGCGCUCUGGUAUUAA